AUGUCAGGCCGGCGUCUGCUGGACAUUCUCCAGUUUCUCAAUGUCUCCAAAACCGUCGCCUCAAAACAUCUGGCCAUCCGUCAGCACCAGCUCGAUGUUUACACUCGGACCUCAUCGCUCACAAAAAGCAUCAAGGAGCAAACGGAAGGAUUGAUUUUGACCGCAAAAGCCGCUGCUGCUUUGGCGCGUCGCUUCGAUGACCCUUCAUCAGCUCCGCCAAGUUCUCCACCGAAUAUUCAGACAUCAGUCAAUAAGUCAACGGGUCGCCAAACUGUAGCAGAAACUAUCUCGCCCAUCCCGGAGACCGCAUCAACACAACAGGAAAUACAGAUCCCGGCCUCUACAGCAAAAUAUACCGGCGAUGAGAUUACUGGCGUGCUCAAUGUUAGCCCACAACAAGACGUCUUCUACGAGCCUUCGCGACAGACUACCUCAAAUGUUCCCGCCCAACCUCAAAUCAAGCUUCCCCAAGCUGCUGGGGACUCUCAGCCCGUUGGAAAGGAUGGAUUGAAUUCUGAUGUUUUCCAUUCGGUGACAGGCCCGGAGAACCAUACGACACCUGCAGAGGAGCAGCUGUCAGAAGAGAUGAUGCAGGGCCUCUUCCAUAGCGCGAAGGUAUCCCGUAUACUUAGUAAAAGCCCAAUUCCAAAAAGGGAUUGGAUUCAAGAGAGAAGCUUACCUCAACAGAAUGUGGCUAGCAAAGAGCCAAUUUUACAGGAGACUACUUCCAAAUCAGAUGUCGAGGAUAUAGAAAAACUAGCAGCUAACAUCGCUCAAGAUGUGUCCACUGCUGAAACUCCAGUGACGGAAAAAGCCGUGCCAUACCAGAUGAUGGAAUCUAGAGUACCGUCGUCUCGACUGGGUAGACUUUGGCAAUAUGGUGGAUUGGCAACUUCCUUGGCAUAUGGCGCGGUUAGCGAGACAGUGCGCCGUGCUGCUGGUGGUCAAGAGACUGGUUCUCUUAUGUUCAGCGCGGCCAACAUGGAUCGACUCGUGGCCAAACUGUCUAAGAUGCGAGGUGCUGCCCUCAAGCUGGGCCAGAUGUUAAGCAUCCAAGACUCCAACAUGCUCCCAGAGCCAAUCCAACAAGUACUCCAGCGGGUACAAGAUCGCGCAGAUUACAUGCCAGCUUCGCAACGCGACAAAGUCCUGUCCGAAAACCUCGGGCCUGAUUGGAGAGACCUCUUUACGUCAUUUGAUGACAUCCCUAUGGCUGCGGCCUCUAUCGGACAGGUCCAUGCCGCCGUUCUCAAACGAACUGGCAAGCCUGUCGCCGUCAAGGUCCAAUACCCCGGCGUGGCAGACUCCAUCGACUCCGACUUGAGCAACCUCUCCAUUCUCCUCACAGCCUCCCGACUCCUCCCACGAGGCCUCUUCCUUGACAAAACUAUCGCCAAUGCACGAAUCGAACUUGGCUGGGAAUGCGACUACCUCCGCGAAGCACAAUGUAGCGCCCGCUUCCGUGAGCUCCUAAAAGAUGACCCCAUCUUCCUCAUACCAGAAGUCAUGUCCGAGGCCUCAGGCAAACAGGUCUUGACCAUGGAAAUGCUUGAAGGUGUAGCAGUAACCAAAAUCCAAGAUUUCUCCCAAGAACAGCGCGACUGGAUCGGUACACAAAUCAUGAGCCUGUGUCUACGUGAAAUUGUCGAAUUCCACUACAUGCAAACAGAUCCGAAUUGGACCAAUUUCCUCUACAACGCACGCACAAACCGUCUGGAACUACUAGACUUCGGUGCUUCCCGCGAAUACCCAACCGAGUUCAUCUCCACAUACGUACGCACCCUGGUUGCAGCAGUGCGUAAUGACCGCACAGCCUGCCACGACCUCUCCGUCAAACUAGGCUACCUCACCGGCAUGGAGUCGCAGGCCAUGGCCGACGCCCACGUCUCUUCAAUCGUCACCCUCGCCGAGCCAUUCAUGCUCUCAUCACCUGAUCUAUACGACUUCAAGAAUCAGACUAUCACCGAUCGAGUACGCGCCCUGAUCCCUAUCAUGAUUCGGGAACGGCUCGCGCCUCCUCCUGAAGAGACUUAUAGUCUGCACCGCAAGUUGAGUGGUGCUUUCUUGCUUUGUGCACGCUUAGGUAGCAAGGUGCCUUGCAAGGAAUUAUUUGCAGAGACUAUUCGCAAGGCGGAGAAGACCGGCUUGCUAUCUGAUGAGCUUAAAUAG